UAAUGUUUUGCUUUCCAUGUUUUCCGUAAAUACCAGCACUGUUCACAGGCUACAGUAAAGUGCACUACAAUUUUCGUUCACGUGUAAAAAGAAACUGUAAUUAAGCUAGACGUUUUUAAUGCGAAAUAAUAAUUAAUACAUAAAACUUCCUGAAAAGCCACUUAGAAGUAGGAUCACUUGUUAAUAGAUAACUCAAAGGAGCCACAACAUGCAGGAUCCUAACGAAGAUACUGAAUGGAACGAUGUUCUACGAGCUAAAGGCAUUAUUCCGCCGAAGAAAGAGAAGGAGAUUACGGAGGAUGACAUAAUUGGCAUGAUUGAAAAUACUAUUGAGCAGAGGCAGAAUCAGAAUAAAGAUCUUUCAAAAAUGGGCUUAGACGAACUGGAUGAGUUAGAAGACUCGGAAGAUGAAGCAGUAUUGCUUGAAUAUCGCAAGAAAAGGAUAGCCGAGAUGCAAGCGUUGGCACAGGGGGCCAAAUUCGGUUCUGUUAUAGAAAUAUCUGGACAAGAUUACGUCGAUGAAGUUGCUAAAGCCGGAUCAGGCAUUUACGUAGUUUUACAUCUAUACAGCCGUGGGGUGCCUUUUUGCUCAUUGAUUAAUCAACACAUGUCACAGUUGGCGCCAAUGUUCCCGGCAACGAAAUUUGUCCGCGCCAUUGCCACAACAUGUAUUCCAAACUAUCCGGAGCGAAAUCUUCCCACAAUUUUUGUUUACUUUGAGGGUCAAUUGAAGAAGCAAUUUGUAGGGCAAAUCGAGCUGGGUGGUCCAAACCUAACGUGUGAGGAGCUGGAAUACAUGCUAGGGCAAACGAAAGCAAUUGAGAGCAGUAUUACAGAGGAUCCACGUAAAGCGAAAGCUGUCAAGGAUAAAAUGUUUGCCGAUUUGACCGAUAGUAACGAUUGGUAGACGGAAUUACUUACGGUCAGAUUUACAUUAAUUGUAUCUUUUACAAUGCGAACAAUAAAGUGCUUUUAUGAAUUAUUUAUUGAAUAACAGCUAUUA